GGCCAUGAAGGGGCGGAGUUUAGGACCCAGCGACCUGCACUGUACAAUAGGACUGUUGUGCCGUGGUGGAAAGCAGAUUGCAGCUUCGGGAUACUGACAGUGUGGAGCAGAAAUAGACAAAAAUAACCAAAAUACGCUCAUUUGCACCUCGUCUUGAGCGUUCAUUUGAGAAGAGCAGGGCCGAGGCCGUCGUUUUGGUCCACGUGGGGAUCGCUGGAGUCGGUUUGGGAUCUGAGUGAUGAGAGGUGGAUGACAGAAGCAGGCCAGAAGAAUAACCUAGCAUGCUGUACGACUUAAUAUUUAUGGAUAUGUCAGGAUGAAACGACUCAGGACUUCAAGCAGUAGUGACAGUUCAGACAAUGAAACUCCCUCCACGUCGUUCUCUUCAAACAAGUAUGGAAGCAAACCGGGAACUCCCGCCUCUGCACAGAAAAAGCCGGCGGAGGUGUUCAGAAAAGACCUGAUAAGUGCUAUGAAGCUGCCAGAUUCUCACCACAUCUCUCCAGAAGACUAUUACUUGCUGGCUGACACAUGGAGGCAAGAGUGGGAGAAAGGUGUGCAGGUACCAGCCAGUCCAGAUACCAUCCCCCAGCCCUCCCUAAGGAUAAUAGCAGAGAAACCGAGGGAGAUUCUGUUCUCCAGACAGAGGAAGUACAUCCAGUGCUGGAGUCAGGACUCCACCGAGACAGGAUAUGUAAACAUUAAAGAGUUGGCUGAGGCCAUGUGCAGAUAUGACCUGGAUGAUAUGGACCUGUACUGGCUGCAAGAGCUCAACAUGGAGCUUGGUCAAAUGGGGGAAGGGCCCAUGAAUGAGUUAACCAUGGAGAGAGCGAUGGAGGCUCUUGAAAGAAAGUGCCAUGACAACAUGAACCACGCAAUAGAGACUGAGGAAGGGCUUGGCAUUGAGUACGAUGAGGACGUCAUCUGUGACGUGUGUCGCUCGCCUGACAGUGAGGAGGGAAACGACAUGGUCUUCUGUGACAAGUGCAACAUUUGCGUGCACCAGGCAUGUUAUGGCAUAGUGAAGGUUCCAGAUGGAAACUGGCUGUGCAGAACCUGUGUGCUUGGCAUCGACCCACAGUGCAUUUUGUGCCCCAAAAAGGGAGGUGCCAUGAAAGCUACACGAGCGGGAACAAAGUGGGCACAUGUUAGCUGUGCCCUCUGGAUACCUGAGGUCAGCAUUGCUUGUCCGGAGAGGAUGGAGCCAAUCACCAAAGUGUCUCACAUUCCACCCAGCCGCUGGUCACUAAUCUGUAGCCUCUGCAAGCUCAAGACAGGAGCCUGCAUACAGUGUUCAGUAAAGAACUGCACCAUUCCAUUUCAUGUCACUUGCGCCUUUGAGCACAACCUUGAGAUGAAGACCAUUCUGGACGAGGGAGAUGAAGUCAAGUUCAAAUCCUACUGCCUGAAGCACAGCAAGUCCAAAGCUGGAGAGCCUGGCUUGAGCCCGGCCCGACACAAACCUCCCACUGAGACCGAGAAGGUGGGUCUCAGGGCGCAGAAACUCCAGGAGCUGGAGGAGGAGUUUUACAAGUUGGUGCAGCCUGAGGAGGUGGCCCAGGAUCUGGGGCUGCCCCUCCACCUGCUAGACUUUAUCUACCAGUACUGGAAGCUAAAGAGGAAGACAAACUUUAAUAAAGCUCUUUUACCACCCAAAGAAGAUGAGGAAAACCUUCUGUUGCAGCCGCAGGAGGACAGCAUCCACACACGCAUGCGCAUGUUCAUGCAUCUGCGACAAGACCUGGAGAGGGUGAGGAACCUGUGCUACAUGGUAAGUCGGAGAGAGAAGCUGAAACUGUCUCAGAGUAAAGCCCAGGAGCAGAUCUUUAACCUUCACGUCAAACUCAUCAACCAAGAACUGUCUGCAGGGCUGCCGGUGUCCUCAGCUGUGGAAAACCUGCUCUUCCGGCCUCCUCCCAGGAUAACCCUCAAACUCAAAAUGCCCAAGGUGUCACUGGGAAACAACAAAACCAGCACCAAGUCUGGAAAUGGGCCACUGUGCCCAGAUAAUAGCAGUAACGUGUAUGACCUCAGUGGGACAGGCGUUGGGCAGGGCAAACCUCAGCUCCACCACAGCCGGGCUCGGAGGGAGGAGCGAACCAAUGGCCUUCUCACUGUAGCACGGCGAGACAGUGGAACCCCCAGUGCGUUGCCACUGCCCCUCAAACCAACGGGUAAGCCUCUGGCUCUGCACGCUGCUCUGCAUGGCCAUUCAUCCAACGGAAAGGACAAACCUGAACAGGACAGGCCCUGUCUGAAGUCCAAUGGCAUCAUGGAGAAGCCUGUAGUUCAGAGAGACACUUCUUUCCAGACUUCCUCUGAGCAGGCCACACGCAAUGAGGAUUCUGGAAAGGGUCGUCCAGGCAGUUUUCAUAAAUCCGCAAUAGAACAUUUCAGCAGAUCCUUCAAAGAGGCAACUGUCAGCCUGGUACGGACUACAGAGGACUUCUGGAGUGCUGAAAAGAACGCUCGCAAAGUCAUCAGCAGCAAAGAGCGGACAAACUGUGCUAAACCAGCCAUUGAGCGGCCACAAGGGAGCACCAGAGCAUACCAGGACAGUGAUGGGUACUGCCCUGACCUGGAGCUUAGUGACUCGGAGCCUGAGGCCAAGGGCAAGCGAGUGCGGGCUGGCAGGGGGCCAAGCGAGAGAAGUUCAGCUACAAUCUAUGGUCGUGGGGGCAGUCGAGGGAAAGUGUCUUUAGGCUCCAGGAGCACAGUGCAAAGGUGACAAGCCUGAAAUAGCACAGUCUCAGUCCCUCAAACCCACUGCUACAGGUCUGUCACCAUAACGCUCUGGCGGUCCUCAAAAGUGCUACACUCCAAGGAUUCCUUGUUGAGGAUGAUGCCUGUGAUUGCACUGGCCAUCACAGAGCAAAGGCUCAGUCAUCCUGCAUCGGCGGAGUAGACUCUGAUCUCAACCAAAAAGGGGCGCCAAAAUAUUCUCCCUGGCUGAGUGUUGGAGAACGCAGUCUUUCCAUCUGUUUCAGCAUGGCGCUGUCUCUGCAUCUGCUCUGAAUAACAGGGUUUCAGCUGCAAACUGACUCCCCAUGCGAGACCACACAACGUCUAAUGUAGGUUAGACAGGCCUUCUAGCAGUGUUUCUGUAAAUACUGGUCAUGCAAAAGAGCCUCCAUUUUUAGGUUGUAUAUAGUAGCUCGUCUCAAGUGUUGUGGAAUUUGUUGUUGAAGUAAUUUCCACAUGCUGUUAAGUGACAUCCUUGAUUCCUAUGAUUAUGCAAAUCAAUAAAAGCAUAAGAACUGCAGCAUUUGAGUCUGACGAUGUGGGUGAAAGCUGGCACGUAGAUCUUGACUUUUCUAUAUUUUUCCUCUCUUUCCCAUUUUCUUUCUGGUGUCAUUAGCAUGUUUGUCUCAUCAUGUUGCUUUGUUCUCUUGUUUUAAAAAGAAAAAGCUGUCUGAACUGGUCUUCCAUCAUUGUUUCCAGAGUUGAUAAGUAAUUGUUUUCAUUCAUGAGAACCAGUUUUACAUUUGAUAUGGUUUAAAGCUUAGGCAGAGUUGAGAAUUUUUAUUACUUUGCCACUUUAUAGAAAUUGGCAGUGUUGUGGAAGUGAACUAAGGUGCAACCUGCUGUCAGUGUUUUGGCCACAAAGAAAUUGUAACUGAAUAUUUGAGAUUCCACAAAGUUGAAACUGGUUAAGCAGAUAAUAGCAUGUGGCCACUAGAGGGUAGUGUUGUUUCAGUCUGUCUGGUUCAAGCACCUGUACUGCCAUCAUUGCCUUCUCAUUUGCAGUAAAUGACUACUUUAGACCAAAUAAAUGUUUCAUGUCAGUUUAAAAGAGCCAGACACUGAGAUGCUGAAUAUAAUUCUACUAUUGAUGUUAUGUGGUCAACUCAUUGUUUUAUUUUAUGGGUUAUAAUCUUGAUCCAAAUCAUAGUCUGCUCUAAAAAAUCGACUUGGGUAUUUACUUGGUGUAAACAUCAGCACAAAAGCACCACAAUUUCCUUCCAUCAUAGAACAGAAAUGUGUACUGCACUGUUCAAAAUGCAAAGAUGCAGUUUUAUGUUCUGCUGAAUGAAUAUGUUUAAGGGAGGAAAUAUUUCUGCCUAAAUCAAUACAAAAAUUGAUUUUUGUAUGUGUGUGAAACAUGCACUCUUACACCCCUAGUAUGCAUCUGCAAUAACCCUCAGCAGCAAGCUGUUGUUUUUUCGGUGCCAAUUUUUGCACAGAUAAGUGUGCAGAUGAAUCCUUUAGUGCUCUAAAUGUCUUUUUUCAUGUUUGUCUAUGUUGAUAUUCAUGAUUUCAGGUUCAUUUGAGAUUUACACAUACAGAUGAAAGGUUUAAUAUUUGGUUUAUCCGUGUCUUCACAUAAUGUAUGUUCAUCUUCUCAGGUUUGAGAGAGCAGAUUUCACACGUUUAUGUGUGUGUAAUAUGUACCUCUGUGUUGAUUAGAGGGAGUACAGCAAGGUUUGUGCAGCCAACUGGCCUUUUAUAUGUUCAAUGAACUUCCAGGCAGACCUCAAGUCACGUACUGUGUGUUGCUAGCAGCCAGUGGAAAACACUGUAACGAUGUGCAUGAACUAUGCGUCCCAUUUGAAUAGAAAUCCUUUCCUUUUUCAUUGUUUUUUACUUGUUUUUACUUGACACUACGUUAUGAAAAGUUUUUUUUUUAAAGAUGGAGCCCUUUUCAAUAAACUUUUGAAAA